AUGUUAGUCAUUCUAGGGUGUACUGGAGACCUUUGCCGCACGAAGAUCUUCCCUGCCAUCAAUACAAUGCUUCGCCAGAAGCUAAGUCAAUGUACUAAGACCGAAUAUAAUCAGGCCGAACUGGAGAUGACCCAAGGAACCCUAAGCAGCUCAGUAUCAACCAUUAAACUCGAUCAAAGUCCGAUGACACAAGCAUUUCCACACGACCGACGUAAUCGCACGGAGUACCUGAAGGCAGAAGACCAGGAAAUCAUUCCUAAAGAGAUGCCACAGUGGGAUAUCCUUAAAAACUCAGGGGUGAGUAUUCCCCGUAUUGUUGGCUAUGCCCGGACUGUAAUGAGUACAGAAGAGUUUAUUCGUAGAAUAGAUCCAAGUGUAACGUACUUGCGCGAGACAGUGCUAGCAAUAAAGUAUGUUUACGGGCCAUAUGAAGAGUGCUUAGCUAGACUAGCAACUGAACUGCCAGAGGAGGAAGAUGAACCGAUCUAUUUGUACAUGGCUACUCCACCUGAAGUCUAUCCCGGUAUUAUUGAGCAGGUUAAGCAAAGUAAGCGCCGUAUAGUUGUUUUGGCCGAGAAGCCAUUUGGGGUCUCUUUAGCCUCUUUCCAUUUGCUUAAGGAACAAGUAGCCGAUAUAAAUAAGCAAGUACUUUGUGUAGACCAUUACUUGUUUAAGACUCUACUAUUGCAAAUGCCAGAAAUCCAUCGCCAUCCAGUUUACCAAGAGAUCAUUCAGCCGAAGUACUUGUCUAGCAUUGCCGGAUACUUCAAAGAAGUGGCGGGAGUAAAGGGACGGUUAGGGUACUUCAACGGGGCAGGAAUGUGCCGGGAUGUACUUCAGAACCAUUUACUGCUAGUGGUGACUUUAGCUCUAACACCGGGCAGUAAACUAGACGUACUAAAGGAGAUUGCGGCUUUACAACCGGAAACAACCAUUAAGAAAGUCUAUUCGGGCUACCAGGCCGAGUUGCAAGCCCAUGGCAUUACAGCCCCGGCACUAGAAACGUACAUUAAGACCAAAACACAUCUUGGAGGGAUUUGGAACUUGCCUUUAGUCCUGGAGUGUGGGAAGAAGAUGAAGACUCAUUUUGUCGGAGUGAUUAUGGAGUUGAGUCCAGCCGGUGUUCUUUAUGUCUGUGAUUUACCCAUUGGUGAACAUGAUUAUGAGAACACGAAGAAGAAGACUCGACUUGCCCCAGCUAAACUUAAGGGACAACUAGAGGUUUCUAUUACCCCAAAGGAAUACAUCCAUCUCUCUUUAUUCUAUAAAAAGGCACUGAUUAAGAGAGUGCGUAUCUAUUUGGAAGGAUCACCCCCAAGGCAUACAGCAUAUCAAUCACUAUUUGCCCAAAUCCUCUUCCAAACACAGACGGACCAGAACUUCUCAACCAUUCCCGAACUAGAGGAGCAAUGGCGUAUUGUUGACCCUGUGCUAGAGCAGCCACCUGCCAAUCUUUAG